CACGGGCAACAUCAUUGCUAUCAUACAGCAAUGUGGGUCUUUAUUUGGCGUUAGUGCUUAAAACUGACGCGAAACCCUGGCGGCUGCUUUUAAAUCGCUUUGUAUGGUGUGGAGGGGUCAACGGAAGAGAAAGCCGAGCUCUGGGAGUGUAAACCGUGUCCUUUUCUCCUCCGUUCAGCCGAAGGACUAACGUUAGUACCUGCCAUGAACCUGACAGGGCAGUCCGUCUAUCGCAUGUCGGAGGAUGAAGCAACCUUGCAUGGAGGUGAGGAGGCGGAAAAGACGGGGGUUUUUAGCACGAAAACGGGAACCGGAGCGACCAAAACGACUUCAUUUUCAUUCAGCUCGCAUCAGGAUUUUCAUUAGGAAACCGAAACAGCCUCUUCACGCUUUUCCGCCACGAAGCCUCUCGCUUGCUGCCUUACGAAACUGUGCCGUCUGACUGAGGCAGCCUUUCUUUUCUUCAUUUUCUGCAUGGUAAAGGCUGAAGACUCUUCGUGGUGCCUGUGUCUGUCUGGCUAAUACAAGGGGGAUUUAUUUCUCAUAGAAAACUCCCCCCUCCGCCUGCUGCUACCCUCAGCUCGCCCCCCAAAGUCGUUCUCUGUGGAGAUGUCACCGUCCAUGAAGAGAAAGCAAUACAUAGCUAUAUUUAGCAUAUAUAUUCUAUUUAUGUAUACUGAAUUAUUUUUCUAUCAUAAAUGUUUAAUUCUAAGCUUAUUCCAUCUGAUGAGAGACGAUUAAGUGCUGAUGGUGAAAAUGAACCCAGAAGCUAAGUAUUUUUAAUAGCAUUUUGACAGAAACUGAGAACCAAUGGAUAAAUGGCCACAGGCUGCUGCUUAGGCCUGGUCUGAAUACACCAUUCUUCAUUCAGCUUUGGAGCUUCUAAAGCCUGGUCCAAGGAUACUGACUUUUUUAUCACAGUUAUUUGAUGAGCAGCAAUGAAUCUUUGAUGGAGAAAAUGAACAAGGAAGCAAAGUAUUUUUUUACUUAGGAGAAGGCUUUAACAGAGACUGAGCAAUACUGGAUGUGGUCAUAGGCCUGGUUUGAAUUUGCCAUUCAUCAUUCUGCUUUGGUAAUAGUUCUUAUUUUGUUACAUUUUACGACCAACAGGUGGGCUUUGGUGGUGAAAAUGAGCACAUAAGCAAAGUUUUGUUUUUCCUCAUAAGGAGCUUUUAACAGAGACACAGUAUGUCCGUAGGCCUGGUCUGAGUUUAAGUCAUCAUUAACUUCGGAACAAUCCCAGGAUGAAGGACCUGUGUCGGAUCUGCAGCCGCGAGCUGUGCGGCAACCAGCGCCGCUGGCUCUUCCACCCGGCCACCAAGCUGCAGGUGCUGCUGUCCCAUGCAUUGGGGCGGGAGCUGCAGCGGGACGGGCGCGGCGAGUUCGCCUGCGGCAAGUGCGCCUUCAUGCUGGAGCGCAUGUACCGCUUCGACACAGUCAUCGCCCGUGUGGAGGCCCUGUCCGUGGAGCGCCUGCAGAGGCUGCUGCUGGAGAAAGAGCGGCUGCGGCAGUGCAUUGGCGGAAUGUACCGGAAGCACAAUGAAGAGGCGGCUUCUGCGGGACUGGAGAAAGACUGUACAGUGGACAUGUCAGGCCUUCAUUAUGCCAAAUACUGUGCCCUACUCCAGGAAGACCUGAUGUAUUCGAUGUACGAGUCAUGGGCAGAGGAUGAAGAGCAGACACUAGAGUGCGGCCACAGCCCCCAGUGCCAGGGUUUAGAGGCCAGGAGAAGGUGCAGGGGCUGCAGUGCGCUGCGAGUGGCCGAUUCAGACUACGAGGCUGUGUGCAAGGUGCCUAGAAAGUUGGCAAGGAGCAUUUCCUGUGGCCCAUCCACUCGCUAUUCGGCUAGUGUAGGUGGCAGUGUGUGUGGAGAGGAGCAAACCACAACUACUACCGUUGCCACAACGACCACCACAUCAGCCACCCUAGUGCCGGACAGUCAGCCCAGGGCUUCUUCGGACAGCGACAGGACGGUAGGAGGGAAGGCAAGCUCCAGCAAUUCAGUUGAGUCUCUAACCAUGACCCUGGAUGCAGCUGGAGAAAUGGAGAAAGAUGGCAAAGAAGAGCAGAAUUCGGACACUCUUUCAGAGGAACGCUCUGGCCCUCACCCUGGCACCACAGGCCCUGCUGGUAAACUAGCUCUAGCGCUCUGCUUGGUUCAGAACUUCACUUACAAACCAGUACAAAUUCCUCAUGGCAGUAAACUUCCUGUUCUGGUCAGGCCUGGGUCUCUGGAUGCAGGAGCUAAGCUGGCCAGCCCAGAGCAGGCCCUGAGGAACACCUUUGAUGGAGCAUACUGUGAGCUAGAAGCACCAGAGCUCCCAAGGAUCCAGCUGGACCCGGGGCUGGAGCUGGCCGAGCUGGAGGAGUUGUGGGACGACGCGUAUGUGGAGUACAUGCCCUUCCGCCUCCAGAAGGUUCCAAAGGAGAGUCUGAUAGAAGAGCAGCAGUCCCAGCUGAAUCAGUAUGAAUCUGCUGCAGGACAGUGUGUGAGUGAACUGCAAAAGGCUCAGCUGCAGGUGCAGUCUCUCCAGAAUAAGAUCCAGGAGAGCGAAGCCAGCAACAAGAAGCUGCAGGAGAGGCUGAGUGAAAUGGAGACUGAGCUGCGUUCCAUCAGACAAGCAGCUCAGAGUCAGGAGAGGGCCAUCCAGAGCCUCACUGAAAGCCUCACUACUAAAGAGACAGAGGCGCAAGAGCUAUAUCAAGUUAUAGAAGGACAGAACACCACUAUGUGUAAGCUCAGAGAGAUGGCCCAUCGCAAUCAGCUCCAGCACACACAGACCAUAGAUGGGGCUGAAGCAGGCUCUGUAGCCCAGCUGCAAGGGGAUAUAGUGGGGCUGCAGAGUUCUCUGUUCUGCUCUCAGCUGCAGCUAGAGGCCAGCCAACGUGCUCAUAGGCAGAGCCAGAGAGUGGCAGAGGACUUGGAACACGCCCGCCACCGCCUGUGCAGUGACCUGGAGGCAGCGCUGCAGCACAGAGAGACCACUGAAAAACACAACCAGGAUCUGCGUAGCACAGUGCAGCAGUUGCGUUCAGAGCUGCAGGUGAAGGAGGCUCAACUGAAGGAAAGUGAGUGCGAUAAGCACUCUGAGGUUGCAGCUCGCGAUAAAACCAUCUCACAACUCCAGCUUUCACUGAGAGAGAAGGAGAAACUACUGCAGGAGUAUUCUGAGCUGCUGGAUCAGCCAGCUGAUACUAGCCGACCCCAGGAUGUCCUGCUGGACAAACUAAAGCGCCGCAUACGCGACCGGGACAAAGCUUUGGAGCGUGCUAUAGAUGAGAAGUUCCACUGUCUGGAAGAAAAAGAGAGUGAGGUGCGCAGACUGCAGUUAGCACUUCGGGAGAAAGAGAGGGACCUGGAGAGACUGCGCUGCAUUCUGUCGAACAACGAAGAGACUCUAACGAGUCUGGAUGCCUUGGUACGUGGUAAGGAGCUGGAGCUGGAGCAGACUCAGGAGGCGUGUCGGAAGCUGCAGUGGCUCAAACAGCAGUGUGACGAAAAACACACAGCCGCUCUCCGUGAGAGAGACAACAUCAUCACACAGCUACACAGUACGCUUCACACGCGCAGCAAAGAGACAGAGGACCUGACUGCAGCAUUGAUGGCUAAAGUCUUCCCGGGUCCUAAUGAAGUGGUGGAGGAGCUGAGGUCACGUCUGGCUUUGAAGGAACGGCUGUUCCAGGAGCUGCUGUCUGACCGUAGCAGGCAGACACAGGAGCACCACACACAGGUGCAGGGCCUGCUAAACACCAUCAGCUCCAGAGACCAGUACAUCAAGGAGAGUGGUGAGAGGUUGAGGCAGGUGAUAGCUGAGCGGACCUGUCAGCUGCAGGAGUUGCGCAGGCAGCUGUCCUCGCAAGAACGAGAACUGAGUGAGCUAUCACGAGAGAGGGAGAGGGAGAGAGAGAGGGGAGCACCACUGGCCACAGAGAUGGAGAGACUGCAGAGUUUACUGAGAGAGAAAGAGAGUCUUAUACAGGAUCUGAUGCAAGGUCAGGAAGAGGCUAUGGCGACCUCUGGACCAGCGGGGGCUGUGCAGGGAGUGGGUGAUAGCAGCUCAGAGUUGGAGAUACAAGCUCUUACAGAGGAGCUUCAGAUUGCUCUGAGGAAGCAGAGAGAUGCAGAGCGGGAGCUUUCAGAGUUGAGGUCUGCUCUGGCCAAACAUCAUGAAGACCGCACUAGCUUGGACCAUGAGAAUGCUCUGGAGCAGCUGGUUUUGGAGUACCAGCAGCUGAACCAGGCUCUGAGAGCUGAGAAGAAAGUGUACCAGAACCUGAGCCAAAUCCAGUCUAGAGGAGACAGCAGCGCAGACAAGACACGGGCCUUACACACGGAACUGGACACGGUACAAGCUCUUCGAGGUCAGCUGGAAGAGGUCCUGAGCAGGACCCGAGACACAGCUCUGGCACUGGACAGGGCAGCUAAGGCCCAAGCCGAGUAUGGAGACUACACCACGGAUGAGACUGAGGACGACGAUGACGAUGAUGAAGACGCUGGCAGUAGCAGUGAGGAAUUCACAGACAGCAUAGAGGACGACGAUGUGAAACUGACUGCUCAGAGUCUGGCUAAAACACAGAAUGCUGCGAUGUCUGGAAGUCCAGUGAGCAGGGGUCUGUCCCAGGGGGCCAUGGUCGGAGGAUGGGAGAAUGAGAUGGAACCAAAGAAGAAAGGAGACAGAGAGAUGGGAAAGGGGAAAAGCCAGCUCAGCCAGGCUGGCUCCACCACACUCUGUCAGAACAGCCUGCAGGAGACAAUCGGUGAGCUACAGCAGAGUGGGAUUGGAUCAGGAUCCGGACUGGAAUCCGGAUCCGGUCUGAGAACUGAGAGAGAGGAAUGCAGGAGGUGCAGAAGGUGGGAGCAAAGUGACACAGACAGACUGAAACUUCACGGCCAGGCCCACACACUUGGAGAGGAAGAGGAGGAUGAGUAUGAGUACGAGGAUGAGGAUGAUGAGGGAAACGAAGAGGAUGUGCGGGCCCCUCAGAGAAAGCGUGGACCCCCGGCUGUGACCCUGAGAGAAGGACUGAGGAAAAGGAAGUGUACGAGACCGCACUCUCUGGACCUCGGAGCACUGCUAGCCCACAAUAGACCACAGGACCCAGCCAUGGAGCGGGAGGUAGAGGGGGAGAGUGGAGGUUCCAGUUCCGCAGGCGGUGGAGGUUCUGCAGGGUUCUGGCAGCAUGUGGAAGCGGGACUUCGUGAGCAGGCAGAGCGUCUCCGUAGCGACCUGGCGCUCAGCCGACAGGAGAGCAGAGAGCUACGGGAGAGACUGAUGGUGUCUGAGGCUACUGUACACGCACAGGCUGAACAACUGAAGGACUACAGGGAACUACUGACUGAGAGUGCUGUGCAGCAGGACAGUAAGCAGGUGCAGGUGGAUCUGCAGGAUCUGGGCUAUGAGACCAGUGGACGCAGUGAAAACGAAGCUGAGAGAGAGGACACUAGCAGCCCUGAGUUUGAUGAUCUGGAGAUGUGCACCUCCCUCUCCCGGCAGCCCUACGGCAGUGGCGGGAAGUCAUGGGGUUGGCAUGGUGACAGCAGUGGUCCCCAGUUGGAUGACCCAUCUUCUCUGCACUGUCUGGUGCAGGACUUGCGUGCGCAGCUGUCUCGCUGCCACAAAGUGAUCCGUGGACUGCAGCUGCGCGUCCGCUCGCUCUCUGCAACUUCUGACUACGCUUCCAGCCUCGAACGCACGCCACGCAAGGUGAACUGGGCGUUCCAGGCAUCCCCAGCUCACAGUGCGGUGGAGGAGGAUGAAGGCUGGCAGUCGGAUGGGCCGGUGAUGGGCCCUUUGCGGUCAAGAAAGGAGCUACAGGAGUUGGUGUCACGCGUGGCCUCGCUAGAGAACCAAAUCCGCAGCAGCAGUCUGGAGGGGAAAGGAGGAGCAGAGGAUGGAAAGAAUGCCACGUGGCCUGGGAAGUACAACACACUGAUCCAGGCUCAGGCUCGGGAGCUGUCUCAUCUGCGGCAGAGGAUGCGUGAGGGUCGGGGCAUCUGCCACAUCCUCACGCAGCACCUGGGUGACACCACCAAAGCCUUCGAGGAGCUGCUUCGUGCCAAUGACAUUGAUUAUUACAUGGGACAGAGUUUCAGAGAACAGCUCUCUCAGAACUCCUCUCUCGCACAGAGGAUCAGCAUUAAGAUCAGCGGCCGAGAUCGGUCAGAGCUGCAGGAUGACAAAAUGGGCCAUGAGCUGUUAGCUUUAAGGUUAAGUAAGGAGCUCCAGCAGAAAGACAAGAUCAUCGAGUCUCUCCACACAAAACUGCAGCAGCGCCCUGAAACACCCUCCAGCAGCCAUGCCCCCUCAGAGACAACAGACCAAUCGGACCGCACGUCCUUUGUGUCAGAUGAGAGGGGCUCGACCAAUGAGGAUCUGGAGCUAUGUUCUGAUGUGGAUGCUGUCAGCGAAUAUGCCCAGGAAACAGCUCCCACAUCUAACGAUGCAGCCUGCCCUUCAUUCAUCACUUCCCCUCGUUGUAUUCAGUCCCCUUUUGCCUCCUACAGGCAUGAGGAGAGUAAGACAGGUGUUUAUUCUGGACCUUUGUCCAGCUCGUUGCCCCUGACUCAGACCCACCACUGGUCCAACUCCUCAAAUAACUUAGCUUUUGACCCACUGCCCUUCCCUGGCUCUGACCCCAGGCUGAUGUCCCAGGCACGGCAUCAGCAGGGCCUGCACAGGCCCCCAGUCCGAAGUUUUAGUUUACCUCAUUCACUGAGCAGCUACCCGCUGAUGGGCCCCACAGCACUUGAUUCCUCCAGCUACACCCAGCUAUCUCAUCAUUCCCUUCACCAGCCUCAGAAAACCGACAGCAGCCUAGUGGGAAGCAGUGCACUGUGGGGCACGGAAAACAUGGUUCAGCCAAUCAGAGGCUUCCCUGGAGUCCCUGGCUACCCUUCAGGAAGCAGUCAAUCAGGUGUGGACCUGAUAGAGGAGCACCUGUGCGAGAUCCGCACUCUGCGUCAGCGUCUAGAGGACUCAAUCAGGACCAACGAAAGGCUGAGACAGCAGCUGGAGGGCCGUCUGGCCACAACCGCCAGAGAUACAGUAGCACCCACUAACAUCUACAUCCAAGGCCUGGACACAGUCACACAGCUGUCCAAUGAGAUUCGAGUGUUAAAGGAGGAAAAUAUGAGUCUGCAGUCCAGACUGCAGGCCAGCAGAGACAGCAGCGAGGAGGUGGAGCAGUUGCGGGAGGCGGUGCUGUCUGGGCGUGCCCGACUGAAGCAGGCGGAAUUAGAGGCGGAACAGUGGAAGGAGGAGCUGAGGAGGCUGCAGGCACACGGCUGUGAGCAGAGUCAGCAGAUUCAACAACUUCGGCAGGAGAGACAAACCAACCAAGAGCACAGCAACAGGUUGCAACAUGAGGUGAGUCUUCUCCAGCAGCAGCUGUCAGAGAGCAGGCAGCUGUUGCACUCACUGCAGUGUGAGCUCCAGCUGUAUGAUCGAGUGUGUGCUGGGAACAAGAGCAGCCCAGCAGCAGGUUAUCUCUCUGAGAUGUCGUACCCCUCUGCUCCUGCUGGGGGGGAGUUGGCAGAGUUGUUGGUGGAGGUGCGGGCUCUAAGGGGGCAGAUGGAGCGCAGUGUGCAGGAGAACAGUGCACUGAGAGCACAGCUGCAGAAACAGCUGGAGCAGCAGCUGUCCUCAGCCACUCUGGAGACCAGGCCUUCAUCCCUCAUCCCGGCCAGCCCACUACGGGAUGCUUUCUACAGACGGCAGCUACUGCAUGACCCUUCUCCCUCUCCUCCAGUGAGGGAUGUUGGUCCGUUCCCCGCCGGCCCCCCGUACUCUCCUUACUCCGAGCUUGAGGAGAGCUCUCUCACAGCCAACGACUCUCUGGAGCCUCAUGCAGAGCUGGAGGGUGAGGCUCCGGACGGCUCGUUUGCUAACCGUAACGGUCGUCAUGCGAUCGGUCAUGUGGAUGACUUCAGUGCUCUGCAGCAGCAGGUUUUGGAGGGCAGGGGUCUGGUGCAGAGGAUGGAGGCCACACUGCAAACCUGCCUCAACAGUGCACUACUGGAGGUCAACGCUGGAAAGGCCCUAGAUUAUGCCAGCGUUAGGACUCUGUUAGCUAACACAAAGACUCUGAGGCAGAUUCUAGAGGAGGCAGCCUCUCUGCUGAAAAUGUUCUGGAGGGCAGCGUUGCCCAGCACUGAUGGCCCUGCCCACCUCCUCCAGAAGGAGCAAACUAUGAAGGAGGAGAUCCAGUCUCUGCGAUUGAGGAUAGCGGAACAGGAGGAGGUUCUGCAGAACACCAUUCAGAGGCUGAGGAGCACCAGCCGCACUAAAGAGAGCAUGGAGACUUUCAUCGUCAACCAGCUGUCCAGAACUCGAGACGUGCUGAAAAAAGCCAGAGCCAAUCUGGAGAAGAACGAGCUCAGGAUUUCCUCUUUAAGCUCCUCCUCUUCCUCCCUUUGCCAUGGUAAAGUCCUCAAAGGUGCCUACCCAGGGUCUUCUGAUUGGGGUGGUGUGACCCCUGAGAUCGCCAUGGAAACAGCCAGUCCGCGGCUCCCUAAAAAGCGGGGCAGGGAGUGCCUUCUGCAAGCGGUCUGAACCAGCCAAGACAAACAACACCUCUCCAACACCCUGCCUUAUCCUAAUAUCCUCUUUAUUCUUUUCUGCUCUCUACUGUUCUCUUCCUUUCCUUUCUUCUCUUCUCCUGUCAUUUCCUCUCAUCUUCUCUCUUUACUUUUCCUCUUCCG